AUGGAUCUCAGUGCUGACUCCGGGACACUCCCCACCCACACCGCUGGAGGAGGACCUGCGAUGGAGCAGGAGCCGUCUCUGUCUAACACCCGCUGUCUAACAGAAAGUGGAGGCACCAUCUUACUACAGUUACUGGAAUUUAAAACCCAUCUGCUUGAAGCUGUUGAGGAGCUGCACAUUCGGAGGGAUGCGGAGACGCGGUUUGAGGACCAGAUCGGUAAACUGGUGUUGGAGAAACAGGAGCUGGAGUGGGAGAAGGAGUCCCUGCAGCAUCAAAAUGAAACGGUGUCAGACCAGCACACAGACUCACUCAUCAAGGUUAAGAAGCAGCUUCAGGACAAAAUAACAAACAUCGAGGAGCAGAAGGGGAAGUACCAGGUCAGUGCUGAGUUAAAAGACAAGGAGAUUAACAACCUGAAAGAAGAGCUGAAGUCACUACAGUUAUUGAAGUACAACUUGGAGAAGAGAUCCAGUGAGCUGGAACAGAAAUUGUCCUUGCAGAGCCGCUCAAAGGACAGCCACUUGAACCAGUUGGGCGAGGUUGAGAAACGUUUCGCCGCUCUGUCCAGACAGUGUGCCGUGGUCAAGCAGGCCCACGAGAAACUAGAGCAAAACGUUGACGAAGCCGUGAAAAUUCAAAAGAAGCUGACUACUGCGAAUGAGAAGCAAGAAGCCACCAUUGUGUCACUAAAGAAGGAGUUGGAGGAGGUCAGUCACAACGUCAUCAAGGCCAAGAUGUCGUCAGUGAGACACGGCGAGGCCCACAGCGCGACAGGCAGAGAGCAGCACUGUGAGCAGCUGCACCGGAAACUGAGCCUGGAAACUGAAAUGAACGAAAAACUCCGGGAGGAAAACGUGUCGGCGAGAGCAGAAAAGCAGGAAGUCAUGAGGACUCUGCAGCACGGCCAGCAGCUCUUGUUGAGUCAGACGCAGACGGUGAGCAGAGUGGAGCUGGCGCUGCAGACCCAGAGAGAGCAGUACCAGGCCCUUAAGCAGGAACAGAGGGUGAUGGGAGAGCGGCGCAAGGCGGCGGAGGACGAGGUGGCCCGACUGAUGCAGAGCGCCGCCGCCUCCAAGCACAGCUGGGACAAAGAGAAGUCGAUGUUUCUGGGAUGCAUCAAGAGCGAGCGGCAGGACCUUGAAGCGGUGAAAGAGGCUCACGCCGAGCUCCAGCGGGAACACGCCGAGCUGUCCUUGCAGGCCAAAGUGCAGGCUCAGCAUAUAUAUGAACUGGAGAUGAGAGUCGGCGGUCGGGGCCCUGGUGCUCCGACGGAGGACAUCAGAGCAGAGGGAACUCUUAUUGAACCCGUCUCCAGCUCUGGCGGGCUGCAGCACUUGGCCCGCGCUCCGACCAGCAGCCCAGACGGUCUGGAGGACGCGGGGGUUGUGACUGAGCGAGAUGCCACUGGAGCAACUGGAGAAUCAUUUGUUUUAAGCCGUGACCACGUGUGCGUUGAUGAAUCGGUGGACUUGCUGAGCAAAGAACAGCGUGAUGGAGGGGAUGGAGGAAGGAGUGAGAGGGAGCGGGCCUGGAACGAAGACGAGGGGCAGCAGCGGCAUGGCAAAGGGGAAGAUGAGAAGAAAGGAGGAGGUGCUGCAGAGAAGAGAGGAGCGACGGAGGGAGCAGCCAGACGACAGGGUGGCCCCGGGUCAGCGGAGGAUGCGGGGGGCCCCAAACGGCCCGAAGCAGCAAGAGAAGAUAGAGGCGAAGGGGAAGGGACGCACGGAGCAGAAACCCAGACGACCACUGAUGUGACGGCCGAGGAGAACGGCACACAGCCGGCCGUCGACCUCUUGGACGCAGAGCCGCCGCCGCCGGCCGCCUGCGAGCCCUCUGGCCGCUCGCAGAGUCUCCUUCAGAGCGUCGGUGAGGAGGAGGAGGAGGAGGAGGAAGACGCCCCCAGCUUCGCGAUGGAAGGACAUGAGACGCCAUCUGGUCUGCGCCGAGGUGUCGAUGACGGGCCCCACUGUGUUGCUCAAGAGGCGCAAAGCCUCCGUCAUGAUGCGGUCCAAACCUUCGCGGAGUCAGCUUCUCCGAGUCCCAUCCAUCACGCUCUAGAGAAACCCACGGAAGAGGAACCGUUUAUGGAAUCUGCAGCCAAUAUGUCGACCGAACUCUCUGGAUCUCGGGAUCCAGCACCGUCGGCUGCUAAGUCGGAUGGUGCCGGCCUCCAAGAGUUGGCGACAGCGCAGACUCCCCCCGGCGAGAUGAAGCGCAUGGACGCAUCACCUCCAUGUCCGGAAAUCAACGAUGACUCUAGUGCGUACGGAGAGAGGGAAGACCUGGCAAACUCGGACACGCAUGGAAACGAUGCUCUUGAGACCCAGACACCUACGGCCGAAUGCACUCUGGAGGAAGCCGAUGCUGCGGAUCUCGAGACCGGCAGCGGUCGGGAGGCGGCGACGGCCAACAGAAUAGACGGAGCAGGAGACGCAAAGGUGACGAAGAAAGAUGCUGAUUCGAAGCCGCCCGUCCUGCCGUCUCACGAGAGUGAUGCGACGCCGGAGACCGGCGACACGAAAUGCUUCGAGCGGUCUCCAGCGAAGGAAACGUUGCACGGCGAUACGACGUGCAGGUCGUCGUUUGACUGGCGCGCCCCUCGUGAAAGAACGGGAAGCUCCAGAGAUACGGCCAACGCCUCCGUCCCACGUCAGUUUGUUCAGGGGUCUCCUGCGUCCGAGCCAAUCACAAGCGGUCCUGGUGGACGCCUCAGACGUCCUCCCGGCACAAUACCCACGUUCCUCAAGAGCAAGCACAGCAAAGUCCCCUCGGUGGUCACCGGGGCGUCGGAUCUGAUGAACGUCUCCGGGGCGACCGCUUCCACGGUGAGACAGCGGCAGGGAGGGCGAGGUGCUCCGGGGGAGGAGACGGCGGCGGCGGACGCGGCGAGCGGAACGCCUUCGUCCAUCACGUCUUCUCCAGGCAGCCGGCUGCUGUGGCAAACCGCCCCCGGCGCCUUACCUCCUUCCUCAGCUGCAGGUCCAAGUUCAGAGUCCAACUGGGAGCCCUAUAGCUCCGAGCAGAAGGAGGACCAACAGUCCUCAUUCAGGGCCCAGAUCUCCAAGAUCGAGCACUUCCUCAACACGGAGAGGCUCCGGCUGACCAAAAGACGAAGAACGGACGACUGAACCCACAAAGUGGUUCCACUGUGUCCGGUUCUGUUGUAGAACCUCAGCUGUGAAAGAAACAGACAAAUGAGUCAAUGGGUCCAGUUGGAGGCUCAAUUCACGUUAAUGUUCCUGAGACUACUUUACAUUUUCCCGGUGAAACAGGUCCGUUGAUUUUCGUUCAUUGUCAUAUUAACAUGAAUAAAAUAUUUAUUAUAUACA